AUGGCCCCUCUCAAUAUCUUGAUCGUGGGCUGCAGUAUAGCCGGACCGACACUAGCCACGUUCUUGCUGAUGUCGCCGGUACCUACGUCCGAGAAGCCGCGCAUCACUAUCCUGGAAAGAGCGCCCGUCUUUCGCCCCCAAGGCCAAAAUAUCGACGUUCGAGGCGCUGGUGUAACCAUCAUUCGCAAGCUCGGGCUUGAACCUGCCAUUCGGGCGGCUACCACUGGCGAAGAAGGGGUGCAGUUAGUCGACAAGGAGAACCGAGUUUGGGCAGCCUUCGGGGCGGACAAAAGCGGGAUGACGCAAACGCCGACUAGUGACAUUGAAAUAUUGAGAGGACGAUUGUCACAGUUACUGCUCGAGCAGAGCCAGAAAGUCAACAAGGAUGUUCAGGCUGACGGCGGCACUGGCAUCGAGUACAUCUUUGGUGAUUCUCUUGAUGACCUAGAGCAGGAUGGAGACAAGGUCCACGUCCACUUCGCCAAGAGCGGUGAGAGGCGAACUUUUGACUUGGUAGUCGGAGCAGAUGGUGUCCAAAGUCGAACGCGCAUUCUUGCUUGGGGCGAGAAGGGCGAGGAAGACAGGAGGAAGAGGCUAGGGAUGUACGGAGGCUUCUUCAGCAUGCCCCGUGGUCCGACUGAUUCGGCAUGGCGUCGUUGGUUCCAUGCGCCUGGGCGCCGAGGCAUAAUGAUUCGACCAUCUGGCGUGGACGACAGAACAACGGUCUUCAUGGCUGUUGUCAACGAGAAAGAUGAACGGCUACGGGCUGCUGCCGAGCGAAAAGGUGGAAGCACGGAUGCUCAAAAGACCCUUCUGCAAGAGUAUUUCCAGGGUCUCGGAUGGGAAACUGAUCGCGUCAUCAAGGAAAUGAUUGCCACGGAUGAUUUCUACUAUGACACUGUCUGUCAGAUCAAGAUGGACAGAUGGAGCAAAGGAAGGGUUGUACUUCUGGGUGACGCUGGAUAUUGUGCUUCUCCUCUAUCCGGAAUGGGAACGACUUUGGCGAUGAGCGGCGCUUAUAACCUGGCGGGCGCGAUUCUACAGCAUUCGAAUAACCUGGAGGCUGCCUUUAGCGACUACGAAGAGAAGAUGCGCCCUACUGUUGUUCGCGCACAAAAGUUGGCACCCGGUAUGCCUCACCUGCUCCAUCCUGAGACGGUCUGGGGAGUUUGGCUGUUGAACGCGAUCAUGUUUGUUCUCUACUCUUCAGGGCUGUUUUCCUUUGUCGCAAGAUUCGCUGGUCCACCGGCGAAUCAUGUUCCGGUUGAGGAAUAUGGGUUCAAGUCACUGCCGAUUUACAAAGACUAUUAG